CUGAGUGGGUUGAACUUCACUGGAAGGACCCAUUUUGCUCGGGAAGUGGAGUAGCUGUGGAUCUCUCCCUGCACUACUUGUUGGGAAGUGCUGUGCAUUGCCAGGAUUAAGCCAAUGCCGAAGUCUGGGAUGGGCAUUAGAAGAAAAUACUUCCUUGUUUCUUCUGACGCUGGGAUUUGUCUACGGCCAGUCAGCUGAGGCACCUACUGCACAUCAGCUUUUGUUUUUUCACUGCCUGAACAAGAUUACGUUUUCCCUCGCUUCAUCUCCUUUUGAUUACGUUUUUUCUUUUAUUAGGUGUCAUUUUCCUUGACUGAUUAAUUUUCUUCUGGCUGUGGAAAAAAGAGCCCCGCUGAUGUUGAUUUAAAUAAUGUCGAAACCAAUGGGACUUCUAUGGCUGCCUUUGAUCUUCACCCCAGUAUGUGUCAUGCUGAAUUCUAACUUCCUCCUGUGGAUAACUGCACUGGCUAUAAGAUUUACUCUCAUCGAUGGCCAAGCACAAUACCCAGUUGUUACCACAAAUUAUGGCAAAAUACGUGGCUUAAGAACACCUCUGCCCAAUGAGAUCCUUGGUCCAGUGGAACAGUACCUGGGUGUUCCUUAUGCCUCUCCUCCAACUGGAGAAAGGCGAUUUCAGCCCCCAGAGCCACCAUCAUCUUGGACGGGUGUCCGCAAUGCCACACAGUUCGCUGCUGUCUGCCCACAGUACCUGGAUGAGAGGUCACUCCUCAAUGACAUGCUGCCAGUCUGGUUUACAGCCAAUCUGGAUACUGUGGUGACAUAUGUUCAAGAUCAAAAUGAAGACUGCCUGUAUUUGAAUAUCUAUGUGCCUACAGAGGAUGGAGCCAACACAAAGAAAAGCGCAGAUGAUAUAACCAGUAAUGAUCGUGGUGAAGAUGAAGACAUUCAUGAUCAGAACAGCAAGAAACCCGUUAUGGUCUACAUCCAUGGUGGAUCUUACAUGGAGGGUACUGGCAAUAUGAUUGAUGGCAGCAUUCUCGCAAGUUAUGGAAAUGUCAUUGUUGUCACUCUCAAUUACAGGCUGGGAGUUUUAGGUUUUUUAAGUACUGGGGACCAAGCUGCAAAAGGCAAUUAUGGAUUGCUUGACCAAAUCCAGGCUUUACGUUGGAUUGAAGAAAAUAUUGGAUCUUUUGGAGGAGACCCAAAAAGAGUUACUAUAUUUGGAUCUGGGGCAGGAGCUUCCUGUGUCAGUCUUCUGACACUCUCUCACUAUUCAGAAGGUUUGUUCCAAAAGGCAAUCAUACAAAGUGGAACAGCCCUGUCCAGCUGGGCAGUGAACUACCAGCCUGCCAAGUACACUCGGAUAUUGGCAGAUAAAGUGGGCUGCGACAUGCUGGAUACCACUGAUUUGGUUGAAUGUCUUCGGAAUAAGAAUUACAAAGAACUCAUUCAACAAACCAUCACUCCAGCUACGUAUCACAUUGCCUUUGGGCCUGUGAUUGAUGGGGAUGUGAUUCCAGAUGACCCUCAGAUUCUCAUGGAGCAAGGGGAAUUCCUUAACUAUGAUAUAAUGCUGGGCGUGAAUCAAGGGGAAGGUUUGAAAUUUGUGGAUGGCAUUGUAGAUAAUGAAGAUGGUGUUUCCCCCAAUGAUUUUGACUUUUCUGUCUCCAAUUUUGUGGACAAUCUAUAUGGUUAUCCAGAAGGGAAAGAUACACUGAGAGAGACCAUUAAAUUCAUGUACACUGACUGGGCAGACAAAGAAAACCCUGAAACCAGACGGAAGACCCUGGUCGCUCUUUUUACAGACCACCAGUGGGUUGCUCCAGCUGUUGCUACCGCUGACCUGCAUGCUCAGUAUGGAUCUCCAACAUAUUUCUAUGCAUUUUAUCACCAUUGUCAAAGUGAAAUGAAACCCAGCUGGGCCGACUCAGCUCACGGUGAUGAAGUCCCUUAUGUGUUUGGGAUUCCCAUGAUUGGCCCCACAGAACUGUUCAACUGCAAUUUUUCCAAGAAUGAUGUCAUGCUCAGUGCAGUAGUUAUGACGUACUGGACUAAUUUUGCCAAAACUGGAGAUCCAAACCAGCCUGUUCCACAGGACACAAAGUUCAUCCACACAAAACCCAACCGCUUUGAAGAAGUGGCCUGGUCCAAAUACAAUCCCAAAGACCAGCUUUAUCUGCAUAUUGGCCUGAAACCCCGAGUUCGUGAUCACUACCGAGCAACAAAAGUUGCUUUCUGGUUGGAGCUUGUACCACACCUUCACAAUCUGAAUGAAAUAUUUCAGUAUGUUUCCACAACAACUAAAGUCCCCCCUCCUGACAUGACAUCAUUUCCUUAUGUGACACGACGUUCUCCUGGUAAAUUGUGGCCAGCCACCAAACGCCCAGCAAUGACACCUGCCAACAAUCCCAAACAUUCAAAAGACACCCAUAAAACAGCUCCGGAGGAUACGACAGUUCUGAUAGAAAACAAGCGAGAUUACUCCACAGAGCUGAGUGUCACCAUUGCUGUGGGGGCAUCCUUGCUGUUCCUCAAUAUUUUAGCUUUUGCUGCACUGUAUUACAAGAAGGACAAGCGGCGUCAUGAGACUCACAGACGCCCCAGUCCCCAGAGGAACACAACCAAUGAUAUCGCACACAUACAAAAUGAAGAGAUUAUGUCAUUGCAGAUGAAACAGCUAGAACAUGACCAUGAGUGUGAAUCGCUGCAAGCCCAUGACACGCUGAGACUAACCUGUCCACCUGACUACACUCUUACUUUGAGAAGGUCCCCAGAUGACAUCCCGCUAAUGACACCCAACACCAUAACCAUGAUUCCAAACACACUGACAGGAAUGCAGCCUUUGCAUACUUUCAACACCUUCAGUGGAGGGCAAAACAGUACAAAUUUACCCCAUGGACAUUCGACCACUAGGGUAUAGCUCAGCCCUUCCCUCUCUACCCUCACAAGCCACUUGGAAGAAAGAAAAAAACAACAAAACAAAAAAGAAAAAAAAGGAAGAGGAAAAAAAUUAUAGUACCAUCCAUUGAACACCUUGCUAAAAUCUAAAGUAAAACAAGUAAAAGAGAAGGACAGUCAUUAUUUUCUUACUGAUCCUUCCCACAGAAACUCUCUGAUGUUAAAGAUCAACUACAAACCCUGUGAAAUGUGAAAAGUGUACAUUGCUGUUACGAUACUGCUUUAAGAUCUCAGCCACUUUGAUUGAGGCCAGAAGUCGUCACUUAAAAUGGUGUUUUGAGUGUAACAAGCAAAGCAGAGUCUUCUGGAACACAGAGCCAGUGACUGUACAGGUGUUUUGUUUGGUUUUUUUAAUAAAUAAAAUAAUAAAAAAAUUCUUUAUGUGCCAUACCAUGAAUGGCCCUUGUUAAAACAAAGACAUCACCAUGGGCUUUUACCCUGCAUAUGAAGCUGUAAUCCAGAUGGGGGAAAUAGAGUUUUAUUACUAAAAACAAAAAUGAAAAAAAAAAAAAAGAGGAGGACUGACUAUGCAGUAAAAAAAUACGUAUAGUUCUGUGCAAAGAGAUGACUUGCCAGCCUGAACUAUAUUUAAAGAUACUUUGUAAAAAUGUACAUAGCUGUGAGUUUAAAAAAAAAAAAAAGAAGCUUUUAUUGAUGUUUUCAGUUUGAAAAGAGCUUUUAGAAAAAUUGUGCAUUCUGUUGUGACCUAUGUGUAUAUACAUUAGUCAUAUCACCUCUGUUUCCUCCAAGCCCAGAGGAAGAAUUUAUUCUUAAUUACUAGUGGUAAACAAAAAAACCCAUUUUUUUUCUAACAUGUUUCAUUUAUAUGAGGCCAUGGUGUCAUGCAGAGGAUACAGUUGUCUGUGUGACCUGCAUAUUUUCUCUUACAGGUUACACUAGUGCAUGUUAAAGUAUUCAUAGGAGAUUGUUGUUUUUUUCUGAAACUUUCUUUUCUAUAAUUUAAUUUUGUGUUAGCCUUUGUUAAAUUGCAACACAGCAAUGGAUGAGAAAAGUGGAAGAAAAAAGCCACAAAAGAUAAUAAUAAUUAUUAUUAUUAUUAUUUUGAUCUUGUUAAACUGAAUCAAGAAACAUCUAAUAAUAUAUAUUCAGAAUCCAGUUUGUAGUUCUUGGUUAUUGUGAUACCUUUGGAAGAGUUUUGUGCCCUGACAAAAGCAAAGAAAGCCUGUGUUUUGGUCAGCCUUUACUAAGAAAAACUAGCUCUAUAUUCACCAGCAGUUGGAGUGGAAUCUCAGUUGAGAAAGCAUGUUCUUGGCUUUGCUAAAGGAAAUAAAACCACAAUUUCAAAGUGAGGACAUAGUGGGUUGAUUGGCUGGGUGGUUCUGUAAGUGUUCAGAAAUGAUCAGUGUGUAAAGGACUUCUUUGCCCAGUACCCUGUUUCGUGCUUGAGAGCAUACCUGUCAGAAAAUACUUUUCUAAUUUUUUCACAGCAGUCCCAUAGUCAGUGUUCUGCAUCUUAAUAAAACCAAAAAUGCCAGAAAUUGUCACAGUCAAGAAGAGCUAAAUUGUUAGCUGACUAUUUCCUUAUGCCCUUCCUUUACUAGGAAACCUAGGGCCAAGCAGAGCUAUCGAAGGAACUCAGCAGUUUGAUUCAAACAACUGAUUAGAACAUGAAAAGCUAGAAGCAAGUUUUCACAGGUGAUGAUGGCUUUAUAUUUUCUCUUUGAAAGUUACUCCAUCAUCGAGAGAUAGUAACCAAAGAUAUUUGAACAAAUUGGUCUGUACUUGAACAUGAUUAUCCCAGAUGUAUUUUCCAUUAUUAAUUUACAACGAAGCUGCAUCAAUAGCAUAUGCCCCAUAAGUAUCUAACACAAGAUGCCUUGUACAUCAUCUUGUUUUCUACACUUCUUGUUUUCUAGUAAAAUAUCUUAAAAUAGUCACCCCUACCAAUAAAAUCAAAGACAAGGUGAUUCACUGAGAUCUGUUAAUCUACACAAUUCCUUGUUGUAGCAGGUAGUAAAAUAGAUUCUGAAGGAAAGAAAUAAAAAGAAAGUUAAUGACUUGAUAAAAAUGCAACAUGUGGCUGAUAUAAUCCUUUACCUGUAAUAAAUGUGUUAUAAACCUGACCUGGAUGCUCAGGUUGGGAUGCAAUGAAGCAACAACCCCUGGAUGCUCAGGCUGGAAUGCAAUGAAGCAACAACCCCAAAAUUUAACUAGGAGCAAAUGGAAAAUUGUGUUUUUUCUUUUUCCACUGGUCCAUCACAUAAUGUUGAUUAAUGCUGACUUUAAACCAGGCCAUUUCCACCACCUAUGUAAUGCCUCAGCUGAGAUGCAGCAGUUCAUAACUCCUUAAAAAAAAAGGUAGAAAAAAAAGAAAAAAAAAGAAAAAAGUGAAAAAAAAAAGGUAAUGAUGCUUGGCAUCAUAAUCAGUUGGGUAUGUUUGUAAUGUGAAUUACAGUAUUUGUUUAGUACUUCCAAUUGUCUUCUGCUAGCAAUAUGUACAGUACUGUGUCAAGCUUGUGACAUUUGGGAAAAAAAAGAAUUUCCUGUAAGUGAAUGAUUUUAGCUUUUAAAAGUAAUUACAAUCAAGUUGAUUUAAUAAUUUGAUACAUCUGGACUGAUGUAUGAUUUAUAGAGGGAACAGAUUUAUAGGGUCUUCAUAGAAUUCUAUAAUAAUGAUAUCAAAAUAUACUUUGCAAACUGUAAAAGAAAAACAAAAGUACUUUCCCAGGCUUAUAUUCUUGACCUUAAGAGGCACGCAGGGUUUAAUGGUUUCUUCUGUUAUUGUUUUGCAAUUUUUUGGUUUUUGCCUUAAGUAAUGAUAGAAGAUAUAUAUGGCUGGACACAUAUGUAUAAACUUUUCAGCAGCAUUUUUAAUAAUAAAAUAUCACAGUAUUUUCUAAUGCUUUGUGCAAAGAACUAUGUGUUCAUCCUUUUGUGCAGAAAGUCUUUCAGAGGUGUGUUUUCUGCCUCAUCUCCAUUUCAUUAUCUAACACAAACUAUGCCUUGAUACACAGUACAGAAAUAUUAAAGUAACAGAGGUUGCAUCUUUAAGUUAGCAUUGAGUUUUCAUGGUUUUUGUAGUUCUACAAUAAGCCUGCCAGUAAAAGAGAAGGAACUCAGACUAUGAACAUAUAAAAGAAUAAGCUCCAUAUACUUACUACAUGCACGCACUGCGGCUCCCAUUGAAACACUGGUUUAUUGUUUUGUUAACAUUUUCUGUAGCACUGAAAAAGUCUUAGAUAAGCAAUUUCUCAUAUUAGUGUAUAGCUUAGCCGCUGAAAAAUGUAUCUUCCAAAUUAGGGAACAAAAUAAUUCAGACAAAUCUAAUACAUCUAGCCUCCACAAGUAAAUAUACUUUCUUUUUAUAUUUAAAAUUUAGAUAAACAAUGACUUUUGUUAUAAAAAACUAUGUAGGAGUAGCUAUAUAAGUUACUCACAUAUAUUUAAAGGAAUUUACAUAUAUUGCAGAUGUGUUAAUAUUCUUCCUUCAAAAGCUGAGCAAGUGAAUAUAAUUUGUUCUUUUAUGCUAUUGAAUCCAUUUAUCAACCAGGUUUCCUUGCACUGGAAAGCUACAUAGACAUUUUAGUAAUUUGGGCUCAGUAUUGUUUGCUUUCUCUAACUAUUUUGGUGAAUAGAGGUACUAACAAUAAUGUUUGAUGAAUUUUGAGCAUACUAUUGAAGAGUAUUUGCCAAAAGCAAAUUCUGAAUGAUUCGUAUCAGAUUUUUCAUAUGAAGAAUCAAGCUUCUGAAAUAGAGAUAUAUUAUGUGCCUACUGACCUAAUCAAGCAGCUUGAAUUUUGAAUAUUGAAUUUGUAUAUAAAGCUUUUGCAAAUAAACUGCAGAUUUAGAAUUGUUAAGCAAAUAUGUUUAAUUACAGGUACACUUUGAAAUUUCACAGCUUACUCGGAGAUAAUUCAUACACAAGGAAAUGGGUUGCAGUUGUGUAAUUUCUGUGAAUUGUUUCACCUUCAGUUGCUGGGUGAACUCAAUAAAUUACCUUAUUUUCAGUUAAUCAAUUUCACAUUAAAAAAAGAAGAAAAUCUUCAGAAGCUUGUCCAUUCUAACUAAAUACUGUGUUGUUUGAUUUCUUUAUUGUCUAAAAUAUAAAUCUGCAGAUUAGUCUGUUCCUAUUUUGACUUUGCUAAGACUAUGACAAUUUAAUGGUAUUUAAUAUCCCAUAAAAAAAUCACAUGAAAUAAUACCAUGGCAAUUAUCUACUUGUCUCAGAUUUGUAGGUUUGCAUUUGUUUUAUUUAAUUAUUGUCAACUGUUCCUCAUAAUUUCAUCUACAGCUGUUUGACAUCACAAACCACAUCAGCCUGAAUGUCUCCAGAGGUCAUUAGCAACUGGAAAAAAAUGGGAUUUUCAUCCCAUUA